AUGUUGAGAGUCCGGAAAAGGGGCUACGUUGGGAUUUGGUCAUUCUUCUUAAUAAUAGCAAUGGUGUGUGCACAGAGUGUCAAUGACCCUAGCAAUAUGUCGCUGGUAAAAGAGACCGUGGAUAGACUGCUGAAAGGCUAUGACAUUCGCCUGAGGCCAGAUUUUGGAGGUCCCCCAGUGGCUGUUGGCAUGAACAUAGACAUUGCCAGCAUAGACAUGGUAUCAGAAGUCAAUAUGGACUAUACUUUGACAAUGUACUUUCAGCAAGCGUGGAGGGAUAAGAGGCUGUCGUAUAAUGUAAUACCUUUAAAUCUUACACUGGACAAUAGAGUAGCUGAUCAGCUUUGGGUUCCAGAUACCUACUUCUUGAAUGACAAGAAAUCAUUUGUACACGGGGUCACUGUGAAGAACAGAAUGAUUCGUUUGCAUCCAGAUGGAACAGUCCUCUAUGGUCUCAGAAUUACAACAACAGCUGCUUGUAUGAUGGAUCUACGAAGAUACCCGCUGGAUGAACAAAACUGCACACUGGAGAUUGAGAGCUAUGGCUAUUAGACAUCUGAUUGUUCCAUUGGAACAUAUUGGAAAGGCAUGCCUCACUAAAUCACAGGAAUAGAGGUUGUGGAAUCCCCAUCAAUGGAAGUUUUAAAAUACAACCUUCUAAGUAGAAACAUCUUGUUAGUAACCAGUGCCUACCCAAGGCUGUCUCUCAGCUUUAAACUUAAGAGAAACAUUGGCUACUUCAUUCUGCAGACCUACAUGCCUUCCAUUCUGAUCACUAUCCUCUCCUGGGUUUCAUUCUGGAUUAAUUAUGAUGCUUCAGCUGCAAGAGUUGCAUUAGGAAUCACAACUGUGCUCACUAUGACAACCAUCAAUACCCAUCUUCGAGAGACUCUUCCCAAAAUUCCCUAUGUGAAAGCCAUUGACAUGUAUCUGAUGGGAUGCUUUGUCUUCGUUUUUAUGGCCCUGCUGGAAUAUGCAUUGGUCAACUACAUCUUCUUUGGCAGGGGACCCCAACGUCAAAAGAAAGCGGCAGAAAAAGCUGCCAGUGCCAACAAUGAGAAGUUGCGAAUGGACGUCAAUAAGAUGGAUCCACAUGAAAACAUUUUGUUGAGCACACUUGAAAUUAAAAAUGAGAUGGCCGCCUCCGAGGCUGUUAUGGGGCUUGGGGACCCUAGAAGCACUAUGCUGGCCUACGAUACUUCAAGCAUCCAGUACCGGAAAGCUGGCUUGCCCAGACACAGCUUUGGUCGCAAUGCCCUGGAGCGACAUGUGGCACAAAAGAAAAGUAGGCUACGGAGACGUGCCUCUCAACUGAAAAUUAACAUCCCUGACUUGACUGAUGUAAAUGCCAUAGAUCGAUGGUCACGCAUAUUCUUCCCUGUUGUUUUUUCCUUCUUCAAUAUUGUCUAUUGGCUUUACUAUGUGAACUAA